UACCUGUUUCAGCUGUACCAGUAUGUACGUGGGGGAGUACUGCCAACACUUGAACCCCUGCCACACCGGACCCGGCCCGCGAUGCCAGAACGGAGGUACGUGCAACGUGCGCGCAUCGCACACCCACGGUCCUCCUUCUUUCUGGUGCUCCUGUCCCAUCGGGUUCUCCGCAUCCCUCUGCGAGAUACCCAUCGCCAACUCCUGUGACUCCGGGCCGUGCCUCAAUGGUGGUACCUGUUCUCUCCAGACCUUAGAGAAGUACAGCUGUUCCUGCGCUGCUGGUCAUACGGGUACCCAUUGCGAACUUGAAGAUCAUUGCGCCUCUGGCCCAUGUAAAAACGGUGCUUCCUGCAAAUCUUUGCAGGACGGCUACCAGUGCAGGUGUGCUCCGGGCUUCCAAGGACCUGCCUGCGACGAAGACAUCGAUGAAUGCAGGUCUCAUCCUUGUCGCCAUGGCAAGUGCUUCAACACGCAUGGCUCCUACACGUGCGUGUGUGAUGCCGGAUAUACAGGCCGAAAUUGUGAGAGCGAAUAUUUCCCCUGCGACCCCUCGCCGUGCCAGAACGACGGAGUGUGCAAGCAAGUCGACCAGCUGAGUUACCAGUGCAAGUGCCCUGCAGGAUUUCGUGGCGACAACUGCGAGGAGAACGUAGACGACUGUCCCGGGAACCUGUGCCAGAACGGCGCGACUUGCCUCGACGACGUGAACAGAUACCGUUGCCUUUGCCCUCCGACUUACAGCGGGGAGCUCUGUGAGAAAGACAUCGAUGAAUGCUCCCUUCGGCCUAGUGUCUGCCACAACGGUGCCACUUGUACCAACACUCCCGGAGGGUACUCCUGUAUCUGCGUCAACGGCUGGACGGGGAAGGACUGCUCGGAGAACAUCGACGACUGCCAGGGUGCUGCAUGCUUUAAUGGCGCCACCUGCAUAGAUCGGGUCGGCAGUUUCUACUGCCAGUGCACUCCUGGCAAGACUGGACUCCUUUGCCACUUGGAUGACGCUUGCACCUCCAGCCCCUGCCAGGCCGGCGCCAACUGCGACACCAGCCCUAUCAACGGAUCGUACACUUGCUCCUGCACUAGCGGCUACAAAGGGAUCGACUGCUCUGAAGACAUCGAUGAAUGCGAACAAGGUUCUCCUUGCGAGCACGAUGGUGUAUGCGUCAACACUCCAGGGUCCUUCAUGUGCAACUGCACCCAGGGCUUCACGGGGCCCAGGUGCGAGACCAAUGUCAACGAAUGUGAGUCCCAUCCUUGCCAGAACGAAGGGUCCUGCCUCGACGAUCCUGGCACCUUCCGCUGUGUCUGCAUGCCAGGAUUCACGGGUACGCAGUGCGAAGUGGACAUAGACGAAUGCCAGAUGAACCCCUGCAUGAACGGUGGUAUCUGCAACGACCUCAUCAACAGCUUCAAGUGUACCUGCCCGAUCGGAUUCACCGGCAGUCGCUGCCAGACCAACAUCGACGACUGCCUCAGCAGUCCUUGCAGAAACGGCGGGGUAUGCAGGGAUUCGAUAGCCGGCUACACGUGUGACUGCCAUCCUGGAUUUACUGGACCUAACUGUGAAACGAACAUCAAUGAUUGCCAGUCUUCACCAUGUCAUCGAGGAGAAUGCAUCGACGGAGAGAACUCUUUCACCUGCUUAUGCCAUCCGGGAUUCACUGGUUACCUUUGUCAGACCCAACUUGACGAGUGUGCUUCCUCACCUUGUCAAUAUGGAGGCCAUUGCGAAGACCUUAUCAAUGGAUAUCAAUGUCGAUGCAGACCAGGAACUUCAGGACCAAACUGUGAGAUCAAUGUCAAUGAGUGUUAUAGCAAUCCGUGUCGCAACGGUGCCAAAUGCAUCGAUGGUAUCAACAGGUAUACUUGUGAAUGUCUUCCUGGAUUUACUGGAAUCCAUUGCGAAACCAACAUCAAUGAGUGUUCAUCUAACCCUUGUGCGAACGGAGGCAGGAAAAAGAUGUGAAUAUGACAUUGACGAAUGCGGAUCAAACCCUUGCCAGCACGGAGGAAUUUGCCACGACCACCUGAAUGCCUACUCUUGCUCUUGCAUCGCAGGUUACACAGGACCCAACUGCGAGACCAAUAUUGAUGACUGUGCCCAUGCACCCUGUCGCCAUGGUGGCUCGUGCAUUGACCUUGUCAAUGGUUAUAAAUGUGUAUGCCAGCUACCCUACACUGGUGCGGAUUGUCAAAACAAAAUGGAUCCUUGCACGCCGAAUCUAUGCCAACAUAGUGCUAAGUGCACUCCUUCACCGAAUUAUCUUGACUUCUCCUGCCAGUGUUCCGUCGGAUACACCGGUCGCCUGUGUCAUGAAGAUGUUGACGAGUGCAGCAUCUCAGCUCCGUGUAGAAAUGGCGCUACAUGCCGGAACACAAACGGAUCUUACACUUGCAUAUGUGCUAAAGGAUACGAAGGAGUAGAUUGUCUCAUUAACACUGAUGAUUGCGCUUCAUUCCCUUGCCAAAACGGUGGAACAUGUCUUGACGGAAUCGGUGACUACAAUUGUUUGUGUGCUGAUGGUUUCGGUGAUAAGCAUUGUGAAACUGACAUAGACGAGUGUCUCUCUCAGCCAUGUUUGAACGGAGCAACUUGUACGCAAUUCACUGGUUCAAAUUGCCAAACAAGAAUUAACAAAUGCGAUUCAAACCCAUGUGCUAGUGGUGCCACAUGCAUUGACCACCUUCACUACUAUACCUGUCACUGCCCAUAUGGCUAUACAGGCAAACACUGCGAUCAGUAUGUGGACUGGUGUGCGACGGAACCUUGUGAAAAUGGUGCCCAGUGUAGGCAGAAGGAGAAUACAUACCAAUGUGCUUGCGCACCUGGGUGGACUGGAAAAGUCUGUGAUGUUCAAAUGGUUUCUUGCAAGGAUGCUGCCCAAAGAAAAGGUGUCAGUCGUGACAAUCUCUGCAAUAAUGGAACAUGCGAGGACUUCGGUAACAGCCACAGGUGCCAUUGUCAAGAAGGCUAUACCGGCUCUUAUUGUAAUAUUGAGAUAAAUGAAUGUGAUUCAGCUCCGUGCCAGAACGGCGCAACUUGUCAAGAUCUAGUUGGUCUCUACAUAUGUCAUUGCGCUCCUGGUUUCCAAGGGCAGAACUGCGAGCUCAAUGUGGACGACUGCUCUCGGAAACCAUGCCAAAAUGGCGGUACCUGUCAUGAUCUAGUCAACGGCUUCAUAUGCUCUUGCCCACAUGGUACUCUGGGCAUAAUCUGUGAUAUUAAUGUAGACGAGUGCGUAAUGGGAGCGUGCCACAACAAUGGAACGUGUAUAGAUAGAAUCGGCGGUUUCGACUGCAUCUGCCCGCCGGGUUUCGUUGGCCCUCGGUGUGAAGGAGAUAUAAACGAAUGCCUGAGUAACCCAUGUGCCGGACCUGGUACACAAGACUGCGUCCAACUGGUCAACAACUAUCAUUGUAACUGUAAAACUGGAUAUAUGGGCAGGCAUUGUGAAUUCAAGGUCAAUUUCUGUGAAAGCGGCCCUUGCCAAAAUGGUGGAUUAUGUACAGCUCUAGACACGGGCCACUCGUGUUCGUGCCCCGAUGGUUAUUCAGGAAGGAAUUGUGAAUUCUUCGGCUUUGACUGCGCAUCGAAUCCAUGUCAAAAUAGCGGUGCCUGUCGGACGCUCGAUGGCGGAGGGUAUAUCUGUGAUUGUCCACCAGGAUCUGGUGGAAGUCAUUGUGAAAUUGACACUGCUGAUGAAUGCUCCUCAGAACCUUGCCAACACGAAGGAGUCUGCCAGAACAAAGUCGGAGAGUAUGCUUGCUAUUGCCCACCGAAAUGGAAGGGCAAGAACUGUCAUCAAUAUGAUCCGAACUUCAGAGGUGGGCUUGGCCGUGACAGCUUAAUGAAGCAGGCAACACAACAUGUGACGCAGACAGAAAUGGAACUUGAAAGAGAGAAAUGCGAGGUCAACGGCUGCUUCAGGAAGGCUGGUAACUACAGGUGUGAUGAAGAAUGUAAUACUCUGGCCUGUGGUUUUGAUGGAAAUGAUUGCUCACUAGGUGUGAAUCCAUGGCGAAACUGUACCGCAUCGAUUCAAUGUUGGCAAGUCUUCAUGAACGGACGCUGUGACGAGGAAUGCAAUAAUCCGCAAUGUCUAUUUGAUGGAAGGGAUUGUGAGAAGAAUCUUCCUCCUUGCAACCCCAUCUAUGAUGCCUACUGUCAGAAACACUACGCAAACGGGUACUGUGACUACGGUUGUAACAAUGCCGAAUGUAACUGGGACGGUCUGGACUGUGAGAAAGAACCACCUCGGCUCGCUGAAGGUGCGAUAUCUGUCGUCGUGCAAAUGGAUCUCCAAAUGUUCCGCGACAAUCUUGUCUCUUUCCUUCGAGACAUUGGACAUCAGUUGAGGGCCACAGUUCGCGUUAAGAAUGGAAACGAUGGUAGAGAAAUGAUCUACCCGUGGAAUGUUCAAGAAGAAAAUUCUAAAGGAGUCGUUGCAUUCCUUGAAAUAGACAACAGAAGGUGUACAGCGAGUCCUGGUGGAGAAUGUUUCCCAACAGCAAAUGAGGCUGCAGGAUUUUUGGCUGCUACAGCUCAAAACCAUGCUCUCUCCACAUCUUUUCCAAUAGUAAAAGUUCAAGGAGUGUCUGGUGCAGAACCUCCUCUUCCGGAAGCACCAACAUCUGGAAAGUUUGUCUUUAUAGGAAUCAUUCUUGUCACUCUUGUCGGUCUACUUCUCGGUGUUCUCGUGACGGCACAAAGGAAGCGUGCACAUGGCAUCACUUGGUUUCCAGAAGGUUUCCUUAGAACUAACAGUGGUCCAAGACGUCGAUCAAGGAGGAGAGGCCCAGAUGGGCAGGAGAUGAGAAACUUAUCCAAGGGAGUUGAGGUGAGUGGUGGAUUGGGACCUCCUCACUGGUCUGACGACGAAGGUGAUCUACCGCCGGCAAAGAGAGCAAGGGACAAUGGCUAUGCCUCCGACCACACGGCUGUCACCGACUACGAUGAUAUGUGGGCUCAUCAUGUGCCCGAUACCAGAAAUGUCAUACUCACUCCCCCGAGCAUGGAAACACAAUCUGUCGACGUUAGAGGACCUUGCGGCAUGACACCCUUGAUGGUCGCAGCUGUCAAGGGAGGAGGACUGGAUACAGGAGAAGAAGACGAGGAAGAUGGUACCGCUGCUGUCAUUGCUGACUUGGUGGCUCAGGGAGCUGAACUCAAUGCUACGAUGGACAAAACCGGAGAGACUUCUCUUCACCUUGCUGCCAGGUACGCCCGAGCUGAUGCUGCUAAAAGACUACUUGACGCUGGGGCCGAAGCAAACUCUCAAGAUAACACUGGACGAACGCCUCUUCAUGCCGCUGUCGCUGCUGAUGCCAUGGGAGUAUUUCAGAUACUUCUGAGAAACAGAGCAACAAAUCUUAACGCUCGAAUGCACGAUGGAACUACUCCCCUUAUUUUAGCAGCACGACUUGCUAUUGAAGGAAUGGUUGAAGACCUCAUCAAUGCCGAUGCCGAUAUUAACGCCGCCGAUAAUUCUGGAAAAACAGCUCUGCACUGGGCUGCAGCUGUAAAUAAUGUUGACGCUGUUAACAUACUUCUAACGCACGGAGCGAACAGAGAUGCUCAAGAUGAUAAGGAUGAAACCCCUCUGUUCCUCGCUGCUCGAGAAGGAAGCUUUGAAGCUUGCAAGGCUCUCUUGGACAACUUCAGCAAUCGAGAGAUAACCGACCACAUGGAUCGGUUGCCUCGAGACGUUGCCAGCGAGCGGCUGCACACCGAUAUUGUUAGAUUGCUGGACGAACAUGUGCCAAGGUCUCCGCAGGUCCUAUCCGUCGUGCCCAACCCACAGUUAUUAGGUUCGCCUAAUCAUCCACAUCUGAUGAAUCACCCAGGAGUGAUGACAGGACCGCCUGUGGGAGGAGGCAAAGGAAACAAGGGAAGCAAGAAGAGGGCUAAGGGAGAAAGCCCUGAAGCUACAGGGGACAGCCAGCAGACGGUGAUGAGGAGAAAGCCUAGCGUCAAGAAGAAGAAGGAAGAGGACGGAGGAGGCGGAGGUGUCUAUAGCAGCCCCGGGCUCCCGCCCCCUUACGAGGACUGCCUCAAGUCGCUGGGGGAGUACCAGCAGUACUGCAGCGUGACCAGCCCGCCCGCCAGCGUCAGCCCGGCAAAGGGUCGCCCUGGAUUACCGACUUCGCCCACUCACAUGGCUGCGAUGCGAGCCGCCACCCAGCAGGCUCUCGGCUUCCCCUAUCAGCUCUACCAGACGGGGACCGCUCCCGGCCAACAGGGAUAUUACCACUACCUGACGCCCCCGUCUGAGCCUGCGCCAGAGUCCUUCCCCACCCCGAGCCCAGAGUCCCCGUGGCAUUGGUCCUCCUCGUCGCCACACAGCAACUCGGACUGGUCGGAGGGCAUCAGCAGCCCAAACAAUGCCAAGCACCACGAUGCCAUCUACAUAUGAUACAAAGUGUGAUAAUUUCGGUUCAGAUCUCUUAUUAUCAACAAUUAUUUAUCUUUUCCCAUCGAUUGUGAGCAUACAGAUGACUUUUGCUCAAACCGAAAAUGCUCUCUAAGACGAGAUUAUUGUGCCUUUUUUGAUUUUUAUAUAUAUAUAAAUAAUAAUUUUAUAUAGAUCUUUUUAUACUAUUUAAAAGCUGCCUGGUGCUUAGGAGCCCUAAGUGCUUUCAGAGCUGGUGACUGUAUGACAAUGUUCUGAAAAAGUCAACCCGUUUUAGCCAUUGUAAAUUUUUUUUAUACAAUGCAAAUUGUAAAUAUAGUUAAUUCAAGUUACUGUACAAAGACUUUUAGAAUUAUUUAGUUUUAGAAAAGUUGUUAUAAUAUAUGUUAAUAUUUUUCUAUGGUUGUGCACAAACUGUCAGAUGUAAUGUUUAGUUUUAUAUAAAUAUAUAUAGUCUUUAUAUUGUUUCAAUUGUGUAAAAUAUUCCUUUUUCUUUUUUUUUCUUUUUUUUUUUUAGUUGAAAUAUGUUCUUGUAAAUAUAUAUAUUGUUUAAUUAUUAGCAGAGGGAUUCAUUUUAGCUGUUUGUGCACGACCAUAAUUUUUAUAUCGAAAUAUUCUGAUGAGAUUUUUUCUGAAAGGAUGUUUUUCUCUCACUUUGGCCAUCCAAGAGAGGUAAGAUAUUUGUUGAUUGAAUAUUGAUGAAUUAAAUGUAAGUUUUCAUUUUUCUUGUUAGAACCGUUCCUUUUGUUAUUACUAGCUGAAAUUGAAUUGAAAUAUGAAACAUAAUUUCAGAAAACGAUCUAAUCAUUGUUGUAUAAAUACUAUUUGAUGAUGUGCAUGUAUGAAAAUAGAUAAAUUAACUGGCAUUAUUUUUAUAUUAAUUAAAUUUUAAGCAUUCAAAUUGAGACUACUUUUGCAGAGUUAAUAUUAUUUUAUUUUACAUUGUUCAAUGAGACGAUAGUGGUCAGUCAGUUUUUUUAUUUUUAUUUAAUUGUGUUGUAUUAAUUUUGUGGGAUAGAAAUAGUUCGUAACAAUGUUAAUUGAUCAAUGAUUUUAACUAUUGGACAUUAAUUUAUAAGACUGGAACAGCCUCAAUGAAUCCUAAAUGUGAAGGUAUAUUAUCUGUUAUUGUUAAUUAUUUCAGUUUUUUUUUUCUGUGGAAGUAAUAUAUAUUUUAUACAAUAUGUAUAUUGAUUUUAAAUAAAAAUACAACACAAUAAACAUUUUUUUAUGAUA